AUGGCGGGGAGUCGGUUCCAGCGGGAGCGGGAGCGGCGGGUCGGGGAGGAGUUGGAGCAGUUGAUUGGGCGGUUGAUUGGAUUGCGGAAGGAUAGGGAGGCGGAUCAGGUGAAUUUUGAGGCCACACUGCAGUUUGCCUACUCCAACUUUCGCUAUCAUCAGUUUUUGGGCACGGACGAGCAUCAGGUCGUUCGCCGUUAUGGGGAUUUGGCGGACAAGCUGCAGGUGCACGCUCGCCAUGAUCACGCCGAGGCCCUGCGCUUUCUCGUUCAGAAUUUUCGGCGCUGCCAGCUGAAGCCUCGUGCCGAUGCAUCGGCCGACGCUGCUACGGAGCUGCACCCUUCCAACUCGCAGCUUCACCAUGAUGCCCUCGCCUUUCUGCUGGCCAUGGCUGAGCACCCGGCCGGCCCGAAACGUGCUGCCGACAUGGCCCGCGCCGCCGAUGCGGCUCCAGAGGCACGACGCGAAUCCGACAGUGAUACAGAGAGUGACAUCUUGGGUAUCGUGGAACGCGUCCGCCUUGUCCCCUGGGAAGCCAAGGUCGACUGGGCGGCCGUGCUCGGCCCGCGUGAUGACGCCUACGCCUGCGACUAUGACCAAUCUAGCGACUUUAGCAGCCAGCUCUCCAGCAGCCCACCCACGAGCCCGCCCUCGGCGAGCCGCGCACCAAGCCCCACAGUUGAUCAAACCAUGGAACAACCCGUCUGCUCUCCCGCUCUGGUGAGCUCCGCCGACACCAACCCGGCCCUCUCCGCCAUCGAGCUCCAGUCCCAGUACCAAAUCGCAGCUCAGACCCUGCGCACAGCCGUCUUCCCCUCCCCGCUGACCUCACAAGACGGUGCAGCUGCCCUCGGUAAGCCUCAUUGCAGAGCGCCUGGCAUUCCGCUGCCACCCCUUACUCCGUGCGCCUACGAUGGCACCCCUUAUCCCUCGUCACUGACAGCGCAAGCGCCCGAGUGGCACCAACGCGUGCAUCACCGCGCAUCCAUGGCCGGGACGGUCGGGCCGCAACGCACCGUGGUCACAGCGCCACAUUUGCUACAUGCCUGCAUGCAGCUUGUGCAUGGCCGACGUGACCCGGACUUUUUUGAACGAGCCCCGGAUGCACGCACCCGGCUACGCUCCGCCAUUUCUCUUACUUCCCUCUCCCCAUCUGCCGUCCAGAACCUGGUGGCCCCUAUCGUCGCCCUGGCCGACAUUUGCGCCGUGUGGCACGAUCUCUCAACAACCUCCCUAAAAGACGCAUCGCUGCUAGCUCUCUCCGUGGCCUGUCGUCGCCUACAGCCCCUGAUGACCUGGCACCGUUCGCUUAUGGCUGAUGUCUUGGCUGCCACCAACUCAAAUGACCUUUGGCUAGCGCACGUACGCGCCUUGAAUGAUGCCAUGCUGCGACUGGAACGCCAUCACCUGCUUGAAGCCUGCGCCACCGCCCCCAGCACACAAGCUGGACCCGCUCUGAGCCGAUCUCCUCGACCACACCUGACUAACAAGACCCGGUCUGCACGUGACGUCCGUGCCGUGCCUGCCAGCCACUAUGCCGCCUUUGUCCAUGUGUUGCUGCGUCCUCAGCUCGAGGGUCUGUUUGCCGCCAUUGGCACGGAGGUCGAUGCACAUGCUUGGACGCGUUUUGCCCCCGUGACCCCAGACUUGGACCUACGGCAACCCUUGCCAGAUGUCCUGGCACAUCGCAUGCCUUUGCUCCGGGAAACCUUGGAGGGUGCUGCUAUUCUUCGCGAGUGUCAAGAGCUCAAAACACUCACACUUGCUGUGCAAACCAACCAACGAGAGUGCGAAACGGCGCUGGCCCAGAUGCUGACCACGGUGCCGACUCUGUCGACAUCCACUUUUUUAACUGUUUUAGGGCAGCCAAUCUCGCUUGCCUCAUUCACACGGCAGCAAUCAUCGUCCCCGCCGGACCUCUUUGCAUUCCCGCUAGCUGAAGACGAUGUCUGGCUCAAGCGUGCUUUGGAGCGUGCCCGACGCAGCACUUCGGCUACCCGGCACCCUAUGUCCACCACUAUACCAUCAGGCCCCACCCCACCACCCGAGACCAGUAUCUCAACGGAACGCCCGUCCGCCGCGCAACCUUUGACGCAGCAGCUGGAUCACCAGCUUCGGGACUCUUUGCAAAAGAUGGCUGGGCAAUUUCAUCAACGCGGCCUGGAUUUGCUCUUUGAUCACUUCGACCUUUUGGAAGGCAUUCGUCGCCUCGAGGCAUUUGCCCUCACCUUGGAAGGGCAAUGCACCAGUAGCUUCAUGUCCACGUUGAGCGAACACUUGGAAAGUGGCCGCGGCCCCCCUUCUCCUGCCACCUUGACGCUGAUACUCCACGAUGCCUUGGAGCUUGUAGAAUCGGACCUUGGAGAGAGGCUUCGCGUGUCGUGGCAACCAGAGGACGAAACAUGCUUUCGACUAGUUUACCAGAUUUGGUGGCACAUCGGAGCGGCGGAGUGGACAUGCACCGUGUUCGUCUGCUUCGCGCUCGGUACGACUGUUGCAAAUGUACGCAAACUACAUCUUCAACGACUGCAAACCAUCGCCAGCAAGUGUCUGCUGCACGAACGGGCGGAGAUGAUUCGCCAGGUCGUGCGCAAGACGUUCCGUCUGGCGCUUGAACUCCGUGAGCUGUGGUUGCAUUUAUCUUUGGGUCGACAGCAACUUCGUGCUGAGGGACCAAUCACGUCAGUGGCACGCAAGCCUCUGAUAACGCCACCACCCAUGCUAUCCCACGUGCUACCCCUCUGUCUCACCUCGAUGUGUUUCAACACACAUGAUCAGUUGAAGUUUGAACCUGUCAUUGUCACUUUUUUCUCCCUCACCGGCAUUAUGACGAAGGGCCACAACAACGUUUUGCCCAACGCUCACUUCCGGAAGCACUGGCACAACGCCAUCUGGUCGGAGCGCGGUCUCGUCCGUUGCCACUUCGACCAGGCCGGCGCCAAGAAGCGUCGUUACUUGGCCCGCCAGGCUAAGGCCAAGAAGGUCGCUCCCCGCCCCACCGGCGGUGACCUCCGCCCCGUUGUGCGCUGCCCCACCUUCAAGUACAACACCAAGCAGCGUCUUGGCCGUGGCUUCACUCUCGAUGAGCUGAAGGCCGCUGGCAUUGCCACCCGCUAUGCCCGCUCCAUCGGCAUUGCCGUCGAUGCCCGCCGCCGCAACAAGGACAGCGAUGCUCUCAUGGCUAACGUCCAGCGUCUGCAGGAGUACAUGAGCAAGCUCGUUGUUAUCAAGGGUGACAAGUCUGAGCCCGUUGAGCAGCUCAAGGGUGUUGUCAUGCCCGUUGUCAAGUCGGCCGUUGCCGUUGAGACCCGUGCCAUCACCGCUGACGAGAAGAAGGCUCACGUGUACCGCGAGAUGCGCCAAGCGCGCGGUAUUGCCAAGUCAGCUGGCAAGCAGCAGAAGAAGGCCGAUGAGAAGAAGGCUGAUGAGAAGUAAACGCGUUUGCUCCCUGACGUUUGAAUCUACUAUCAUCCUUCA